AACUUGGUCAGUAGCAUCCCUGCAUUGGCAGUGUUUGAUGGAAGUUGAUGGUCACACCCAGUCCUGUAUUUUCUGUAAGUGAACAAAAGACAAAGGCUGGCAAAAAACCCAACAAAACCAAAGUGUAAUUUCUGUGCAAGUAACAGUAAAAUUCAAAGUCGUCAAAUUUAGCUUGUUGAAGGUACACAGUGAAGCAAAAAGUGAUUCCAGUGCAACUAAGUGAUCUAUUUGUGAGUAACUUAGCAUAUUUUAGAUGCAGUGCUACUUUGGGAUAGAGGGUGAAAUUUACUGUUAGUUCCUGAUGUUUGUUCCAGUGCUUAUUUCUUUCAAGCAGCUGAAGUGUUUUGUCAGUCAUCAAAACAUAACUCAGCAGGUAAAUGGAGGGCAGUGUAGGCUGCUGGAACCUGUGAAUUUACUGAGCUGCUGCCUUCUACAUUUUUCUCAGUUUAAUUUUUUUCCUUUUCGUUCCCUUUGCUUUCUUUUCUAAUGUUUUUUGGUUUUUGGUGAUUUGUUUUUUUAGUGGUUAGGUCUUAUUGAAACAAUAGUUCUUAAGUGCUUUUUCAUCCCUUCAGCCUCUAGUAUAUCCUUCUCUUGUUCUGAGUAAGCCUCAUUGAUGGCUAUUUAUUCUGUCUUCAGUUUUUCUCCUGUGAAUUUCUAGGUUUGAAAUCAAUGUUCUUUUAAAGAGCUGUUCAGCCCUGAAUUUUCUAGGUACAAGUGACCAUCAUAUAUAUACACACACAUCUAUAAACAGGAACUUAAUCUCUGUAAGGAAGUAAGUUGUUCAUAGUUACAUCAUUUUCAGGCCACAUAAUAAAUCCUUAAGAGACAUCCAGAGGAUGAUGGAGAUUAUCUCAUUAAUACACACUGCAUAUCUCCAAGUGUAGAUAUUCCUUAGGUUGGGUAAAAGUAAUGAGCCAAAUAAUGAAACAGUAACAGAGUAAAUACACCGAUUUUCACUUCACUUGCUGUGGUGGACAAAUUCUUGGCUUAAAACUUGAUUGUCCAAAGUCCACCUCAUUUCCUGGUCAGGGUUUCUUGUGUUGCAGAGCUGGCAGCAGGGAAGGAGUGCUUGUGCCUCGGGCACAGAUUGGAUGUGCAAUUCUCUACUAAAAAUACAGGUUUAACCAGUCUCUUACUGCUUGCUCCCACUGGGUAGUGCCAAACCUUUUGAAGAGCCACAUUAUGAGCCGUAUCAAGGAAUUACUCUGAUUGGAACUCUUUCCCCUGUGCUGUUUUUCAGAGAAUUCACUGUGGAGCCCCAGGACCAGCUGUGUUGGUACCGUUUUUGUAGCGUGAGGGCAGGGUGACUGAGCAAGAAUGGAACUGCUGUGGCUGCCAAAAGCUGAAAUGACACCCAAGUCUAACAUGAUACAUGAAGUGAUGUCAUUGUAUGUGGUUCUGUCUGUUGACUUUGAGGAGAGUGGUAAAUGCUGGCAGGAGUAGAGGAGGAACUGCUGAGAAAGAGUCAUGUGGUAAAUUAUUGCAGCACUUGCUUCGAGAUCAUCCCUUUCAUUUUGGGCUGUCUGUUAAGUUUCCAGGCCAGGUUAAUGAGUGAUGGAUAUGGGCUGCACCAGCCUGUGGAGCAGCAGAAAUCAGGGGGCUCUUUCUUAUUUAAGGAUUAAAGGCCCUGAAGCCAAUGCUUCAUAAUGUUAAAACUUGUUAAAAAGGUAGAGCUAAGGAAAGGGGUAAAAUGGUAACUCAGUUUGAGGCAAUAGAAUAGAUUCAUCUUGACAAAACACAGCUAAGGAAGAAAAGAUAGAGAAAAAACCGCUGCAUUACAAGUUUUGUGCCUUGCUCUCUUAGAUUUCAGUAGCUGGAUCCUUUUAGCAGUGCCAGGGACAAGUUUGGUUCAUUCACACUGGAAGCCCGGGGUGAAAGAAGAAGUUUCUAUGUAUCAGUCACACCACAGAAAUGUACCCAAGAAUACCUUCAUUUUAGAGACAAAAUAACUUGACUAUCCAAAAUGCAGUUUAAUUAAUAAAUUGGAAAUUCUGUUUAAUAAUCUGGUCCUAGAAAAUGUCCAGGCAUGUUUUCCUUCUGGCAGUCAGGUCAGCUGGGUCUGUAGCAGUCCUGUCUCUCAGGGCCUCUCAGUAACUCCCUUCUUGCUGCCUGAAACAUGCUGAGUGUGCUAGCACUGCUUACAAAUAUUCAGUGUGAAUUACUCGUGGCAGGAGUUUUGCUGUCCCUGCCAGCCAUGCAGGAUCUUCCUGCCCCUGAUGUUCUGCCAUUUGAUUGGUUUCUUUAAUAACUCUUUUCCUUUGCUACAGCACUGGGCAGGUCCCUGGAGUGCCUCCACUCCUUCACUUGGUUUGAUAGUGCAGGAAAAGACCAGUCCUGCUUCCCAGGGAGGAGGAUUUGGGCAGAGAAGAUGCAAAGUGCAGGACCCAGCUGCUGCAGUGCUUGGGACGUGCCCCAGGAGUGCCAGCUCCCUGGUGAGCAGUGAGGUGGCACCUGCGUGCUCUCACCCCAACACAGGAUUUAGGGGGUGGGAGAGGUUCCACGGGCUCGUUACCAGCCUUGCAGCACAGUACAAAAGGAAGGACUCCACACAUUUUCACUUCAAAUUGAAUAGUUCUUGUCUGUGCUAAGAUGAACUUGAGGUGUUUUAUGAGUACUGGUGAUAGGAUUUUCCUCUGAGGGUGACAGGGGUUUUCGAUAGACGGAGAGUGUGUGGGAAUGGUAUUAUUUAUGCCAAAACAACAGAAGCCAAUGCCACAUAAGUCAUGUGUGGACAAGCUAUACCUGUCUGAAAGCCCAUUGCCUCCUCUAUUGCAUUAUUUUCAUCACAUUACAAUCAGAACAAUAAUAUAAAAUUUGUAUUUCAUAAGCCUCUCAUAAAUGAAGCAAUUUUAAUGCAUGAUGCCUAUAACUGAGAUUAUAUGUGCAAUGCAAUUUUACAAGUUGGUUCAUGUUAUCUUUUUUUCACCAUGUACACAUCUAAGCUCUUUGUUAACAUAUUACACAGAAUUUAAGCUCUGCAAGAAGAAAUCUGCUUACUCUCGCUUCCCUGCAAUCAGAAGGGGAGGAGAGGUAAAGCAGUCGUUCCUUGGCUUUCUCUUUCGUGUGCCUUCAGUUCCCUGUGAUCCAAACCUUUGUCCCAGUGACCUCUGCAACUGCCCAUGUGAGGUGGAGUCGCUUCGUCCUCGUCCUGGAUGGGUUGAAUUAGAUCCUGAAGUGUUGUGGAGUCAAUUUGUUGGUGUAAUAAAAGAGGCUGUACAAACUGCAGGGCUUCACAUGGGGCAGAUUGCUGGUCUUGGCAUCUCCACACAGAGAGGAACUUUCAUGACAUGGCACAAGAGGACAGGGAAACCUUUUCAUAAUUUCAUAAGCUGGCAAGACACAAGAAGUGCUGAACUUGUGGGUUCCUGGAAUAACUCCCUUCUGCUGAAGGUAAUCCGUGUGAUUUUUACUGUGCUUCAUUUCCUGACUGGGAAUGAUCGAUAUUUGGCACCAAGUUUUCUUACCUUCUCAACACACCAAACUUCUAUGAAGCUGUCCUGGGUGUUUAAAAACAUCCCUGAGGCUGAAGAAGCUGCCAAAAAAAACAACUGCUGCUUUGGGACAAUUGACACAUGGUUACUGUAUAGACUGACUAAAGGUUCUGUGUAUGCCACAGAUUACUCCAAUGCCAGUUCCACAGGCAUCUUUGAACCCUUCACGAAAUGUUGGAGCCCCACUUUGUGUAAUCUGCUUUCUCUCCCAGUGUCUAUUUAUCCACCAGUGAAAGACACGAGCUUCAACUUUGGAUCAACUGACUCUGAAAUAUUUGGGGUACCUAUUCCAAUAAUGGCACUGGUGGCUGACCAGCAGGCUGCGAUGUUUGGCGAGUGCUGCUUCCAGCCGGGAGACGUCAAACUCACCAUGGGCACGGGCGGCUUCUGGAACGUCAACACCGGGCAGCACCUCUUUGCAUCACAGAGGAGUCUUUAUCCACUGAUUGGUUGGAAGAUUGGGAAAGAAGUUGUUUACUUAACUGAAGGCACUAUAUCCGAGAUUGGCACUGCCAUCAGAUGGGCUCAGGAUAUAGAAAGCAGCCCAGGUGCUGUGGACAGCAGAGCUGCAGUGUCAGAUCUUUUCACCAGUGUAGAUGAAACAGCAAAGAUGGCACAGAGUAUUGCUGAUUCUCAAGGCGUUUGUUUCAUUCCAGGUCUCCAGGUGUCUGUGGAUGACACAUAUCUGUGUGCCUCUUUCCUGGGGCUGAAGCCUUCCACCACCAGGAACCAUCUUGUCCGAGCUAUACUGGAAUCUGUGGCUUUCAGAAACAAACUGCUUUAUGACACCAUUGUGAAGAAGGUGCACAUUCCUCUUCGAACCAUUCGAGCUGAUGGAGGUGUCAGUAAUAACAGUUUUGUUAUGCAGAUGACUUCAGAUUUAAUUAAUAAGAAGAUAGAAAAACCUGCAAAUGCUGAUAUGUCUAGCCUUGGUGCAGCUUUUCUAGCAGGCCUCGCUUCAGGAUUUUGGACUGACAAAGAACAACUGAAGAAGCUGAGGAGAAUAGAAACAGUGUUUGAGCCCCAAAGGGAUGCAGAGGAAUACAGACCUGCUAUGGACACCUGGCUGCAAGCAACAAAACACUCCCUGCACUGAAUAAUCUCAAGUUCGAGCUGUGGGUGAUUGUAUUCCACAGACACCGGAGACAAGAAAUUGCCUUUGACUUGUCAGUUCUCUUGAAGAGGGUUGAAGAGCUAUCAUUCCCUUUUCCUUGUGCUGAAGCAUGGAAGGUCAAAUCAUACACUGUUUCCUCAGUUCUUUUAGUCAUGUACUAUGAGUUGGAGCAUUUACACUACCUGUGUUCUUCAAACUAGGUCUCAUUUGUUUGUCACCCCUAGCUUAAAAUGCCAUUUUUUGGUUAUUAUUCUUUUGUUGUUUUCUGCCAUUCAACCCGUGCUACAUCUUGGCAAUUUUUUUUCCCUCUGGGUAUCCUUGUGAGCUGCAGAGACCAUUCUGUCCUGAACCUUCUUUAGUGGAAAUCCUUAAUGAAACAGGUCUGUUUGCUGAUUUCUGGGAGUGUGCCAGGAUAUACAGGCAUGGCUGAUAGCUGCAGAGAUACUGCUUUUACAGAUGGGGCUAAGACUGAUAUAAACAGUGCCUCCUCCUGCUGUAAAGGAAGAACCUGCAGUUACAGGAUUUGUGAAGCAGUUGCUUUGCUUUAACACCCCUGUUUGGUUUGUGGUUCUCCUGUCCUUACAAUACCACUGCUAAAGAAAAUGUCAAACAGAAAGGCUUUUAGUGUGGCAUUUCAGGCAGGAGUUUGUGCCUCAGUUGCUGGUAUUUUUGUUCUCACUGAAAGAGUUUAGAUUCAUCAACAUCUGCCUGGGGAUAAUGUCCACCUACUGCCCCUUUGAUGAGGGUUCCUUGACUCAUGUCCACUUGUCAGUCUUGUGCUUUUGCUGGGCCUGCUCAGGCAGUGUUCCCAGAUGGAGCUGCAAUGGGAGCUGAGCCUGAUCCUCUUCAGAUCCCUUUGCUGAGGGUAAUUCAGCAAUCAUGGGCCCUGCACUGAGGGUAAUUCAGCAAUCAUGGGCCCUGGGCUGCACCUUCACGUGGGGUGGUUUUCCUCCUGGCAGUAGCACAGCUGGGAUAGAAGGAUUGUAUAGUCCUGUUGCUCCAAGGAGUGUCUUAGAGAGCCUAUUUGGGAUAAGCAUUUUACCACUGUCACUGGUUAAUUUCGUGAAGCAGAAAUUUCAUUUGUUUUCCUUUCAUGAGCCUGAAAUCUGCAGGAGAGGAACUUCACUGCAAAGGAAGGAUGUGAAAAAGCCUCAGUCCAUUCACCAGCUGAGCCAUUCCAAUGGCCUGCAGAGUCGUGAGUUCUGUUGGGAAGAGGUUCAGAGGAGUGAGGAAGUCUCUGAAACAAACAGGGAGGUGUCUUUAAAUCUCCCAAAUGGAGGAACCUUUGAAGGUUAGAGAGUCUGCCUCAGCUUGUGAUGCGUAGUUGCCCAAAGACUAACCAGACUAAUGGCCAUCCUGAAGAAAUUUGGUUACUGAUCAAAGUCUCUUUUGCUUAUCUGUUACAAGAAAAAUUGAUCUUACCUUCCCAGGAAUUUUUUAAUGUGCUGAUAUCUAGAAGUGGUACCUGUGAAUUGAUAAUGAAUUUGAAAUUUUACAGGUGCUGUGCUGUCUUAACAGAAGGGCAUGAAGACCACUGUAGAACUUCACUCAUGCUAACUUUUUAUUUAAAACAAGACAGCCUUUACUGCUGGUGGGUUUAUUUGUAUUUAGUUUUUUUAUUUCAGGGCAGUUUUCAUCAGUUUGGAAAGCAUAUGCAAUGUUACAUUUUCUAUCAGCUGAGUUUGAUAACAAAGGUAACAAUACAGAAAUGAUAAAUAUUAGCUAGUUUGUAGUUUUAUCAUUUUAAGAACUACACCACGUUGAGGCUGUGAAUGUUUUAUAUAGGAUGGGUAGUGAUGCACCCCACCAGGCUUACAAAGAGUGGGCAGUUCAGUUGAGAUGUGUUAAUGACCUGUGGGCAUCCUGCCCUCACAGAUGCACACAGUGCUGAUAGCAGACAAUGCCAUCUCAGUUUGGCACUUCUAUCAUUCCUAACAACAUCCAGUCCUGUUAUCUGUGUGGGCACUGUAUGGCUGGAAAAACACCUCUAAUAUUGGAGGGGUCUAACUACUACUGGAUUAAGUGUUGCAUAUCAGGAGAACAGUCUCCAGAUAGUUGAACAUGUUGAGCAGACGUGUGAAUUUCCUUACAUAACUAAGAAAAAAAUCAGCAGCUAUGUUUAAAAUCUCACUGUAAUGAAAUUGGUCAGGAUUUUUGAGUUCUGUUUUCUUCUAAGCAGUAUUUUCUUCUCUCCUGUAACAGCUGAUUUUAUGUAGAAUUAAAUUCAGUUGCUCUCAUCUGUUUCUGACAAGAGCAUUCAGGCUUGCUCUCCUGAUUAGAAGACAGUAAAAAAAGGAAAACCCUGGAGCUGCUCUUUCAUCCUGCUAACUUCCAUUGGUAUAAUCUCUGUAGCAAGAUCCUGCAGCUAGUCCCACUGUUUCCAAGGUCAGGGCACGGCACAGGAGGCUCUCACCGUGUGGAAAGGGGUAAGAAGCACUCUUGGCUGUCAGUGGGCACAGCAGAAAGGGGUAAGAAGCACUCUUGGCUGUCAGUGGGCACAGCAGAAAGGGGUAAGAAGCACUCUUGGCUGUCAGUGGGCACAGCAGAAAGGGGUAAGAAGCACUCUUGGCUGUCAGUGGGGCACAGCAGAGAGCAGUUGUUCCUGCUCCCAGCCAAACAGCACACAGCUGUGAUCCCCCUGCAGACACUCUGGAGUGGCAGUCUGUGGGGUGAGUGGGGAGUGUGGCAGUGCCCUGCCCCAGGAGAUGGGCAGCACGUUAGUUUGAGGCUUUACAGGGAGUCAGUGCAAGUUCAGCAGGAGGAAAGGAGCGGUGCUGGAGGGGCAGCCUGUUUGGGGUUAGUGUUUGUGAGGUUAUCACAGCACUGGGCUGGCAAGAGAGUGAAACCAGUAAAUGUUGGAAAGGGGAAUAGGAGGGAUCUGACCAGCCAGGGGGAGCAGGGUGGUGUUCUAGGGCUGGGAGACCACUGAUGGGUUCUGGAGGGAGACACAAGAGCUCCCCACACUGCAGGCUUGACUGCAAGUAGCUGCUAUGCCUUAGCAUAUCUAAAAAACCCAAUUCUAAGCCAUUUUUCAGUGCAGCCCUCACUCUGGGAUAAAGUUUGGGAUUUGUGAAAGUUCUGAAGGACUGUGUAUUGAUUUAGAAUGUUACCUCUGUAGUGUCCUUACCCUCGUGUGAACUGAUCACUGUUUCACCAGCUUCAAACUCAAGAUUGUGUGUGUGUGUAUAUAGAUUU